AGGCGGCGGCGGCGGCACCAGGAAGCGAGCGCGAGGCGGCGGCAGUAGCAGCGCAGGGCCCGCGGCUGCUGCUGCUGCUACUCGCGCGGCGGCGCACCAUGUAAGCCCGGCCCGGGAGCGGCGGCGGCGGCGGCGGCGGCGACAGCAGCAGCGCGAGCAGCAGCAGGCGGCGGCGGCGGCGGCCGGGCCAUGGGCGACGGCGGCGCGGAGGAGGAGGAGGCCACCAGCGCCACCACCACCGUGGAGCUGCCCCUCACCGACGCAAACUUGACAGGCCAUGAGGAGAAGGUGGGGAUGGAGAACUUCGAACUGCUCAAGGUGCUGGGCACUGGAGCCUACGGAAAGGUGUUCCUGGUGCGCAAGCUGAGCGGCCACGACGCCGGGAAGCUGUACGCCAUGAAGGUGCUGCGCAAAGCGGCCAUCGUGGCCAAGGCCAAGACCACGGAGCACACGCGGACCGAGCGGGCGGUGCUGGAGCACAUCCGCCAGUCGCCUUUUCUGGUGACCCUGCACUACGCCUUCCAGACGGACUCCAAGCUCCACCUGAUCCUCGACUACGUGAGUGGCGGGGAACUCUUCACCCACCUCUACCAGCGGGACCACUUCUCGGAGGAGGAAGUGCGGUUUUACAGUGGGGAGAUCAUGCUGGCUCUGGAACAUUUGCACAAGCUGGGCAUCAUCUACCGGGACGUGAAGCUGGAGAACAUCUUGCUGGACAACGAGGGGCACGUGGUGCUGACGGACUUCGGGCUGAGCAAGGAGUUUGUGACCGAGGAUAAAGAGCGGACUUUUUCCUUUUGUGGCACCAUUGAAUACAUGGCUCCGGAGAUCGUUCGCAGCAAAAGUGGGCAUGGCAAGUCCGUGGACUGGUGGAGCCUGGGAAUCCUCAUGUUUGAGCUCCUAACGGGGGCGUCGCCCUUCACGCUGGAGGGGGAGAAGAACACGCAGGCCGAGGUGUCCAGGCGGAUCCUGAAGUGCAACCCCCCGUUCCCGACGCUCAUCGGCUUGGUGGCCCGUGACCUGCUGCAGAAGCUCUUGUGCAAGGACCCCAAGAAGCGCCUGGGCUCGGGCCCCACUGGAGCACAGGAGAUCAAAGAGCACCCCUUUUUCAGGGGCCUGGACUGGACAGAGCUGGCUGCUCGCCAGGUGAAGCCCCCCUUCAAGCCCCUCAUCCGGAGCGAGCUGGACGUGCGGAACUUUGCCGAGGAAUUCACCAGCUUGGAGCCCAUCUACUCCCCGGCGGGGACGCCUCCCAGCCUCGACCGCGUCUUCCAGGGCUAUUCCUUCAUUGCACCUUCCAUCCUCUUCAACUGCAAUGCUGUGACGGCGGACGUGCUCGGGGCGGCGCUGGACGGCGAGCGGCCGGGAAGCGCCGCUGUGGCCCGCAGCGCCAUGCUGAAGGAUUCCUCGUUCUUCCAGCAGUACGAGAUGGACCUGAAGGAGGCACCGCUGGGUGAGGGCAGCUUCUCCUUGUGCCGACGCUGCCGGCAGCGCCAGAGCGGGGCCGAAUUCGCUGUCAAGAUCAUCAGCAAAAGGAUGGAGGUGAACACCCAGCGUGAAGUGGCCGCCUUGCAGAUCUGUGAAACUCACCCAAACAUCGUCAAGUUACACGACGUCCAUCACGACCAGUACCACACGUAUCUGGUGAUGGAGCUGCUCCGAGGCGGGGAGCUCCUGGACCGCAUCAAGAAGAAGCAGCACUUCAGCGAGUCGGAGGCCAGCCAGAUCAUGCGCAGCCUGGUGUCCGCCGUCAGCUUCAUGCACGACGCAGGAGUGGUGCACCGGGACCUCAAGCCCGAGAACAUCCUCUACGCGGACGAGCCCGAGGGAGCCCCCGUGAAAGUGAUUGACUUUGGCUUCGCCCGCCUGCGCCCCCAGAACUCCCAGCCCAUGCAGACGCCCUGCUUCACCCUGCAGUACGCCGCCCCGGAGCUGCUGCUGGACGGGGGCUACGACGAGUCUUGCGACCUCUGGAGCCUGGGGGUGAUCCUGUACACCAUGCUCUCGGGCCAGGUCCCCUUCCACAGCACCCAGGAAGGGAGUGCGGCAAGCCACGCGGCCGAAAUCAUGCACAAGAUCAAGGAGGGGCGCUUCUCCCUGGAGGGCGAGGCCUGGAGAAACGUCUCUGAGGAGGCCAAGGAGCUAGUCAGAGGGCUCCUGACGGUGAACCCGGCCAAGCGGCUGAAGAUGUCCAACCUGCGGGACAGCGAGUGGCUGCAGGACGGGAGCGCCCUCUCGUCCACCCCACUCAUGACUCCAGACAUCCUGGAGAGCUCAGGGCCCGCCGUGCGCACCGGCGUCAACGCUGCCUUCAUGGCCUUCAACAAGGGCAAGCGGGAAGGCUUCUUCCUGAAGAGCGUGGAGAACGCCCCCCUGGCCAAGCGGCGCAAGCUGAAGAUGUCGAGCACAGGCGGGGAAGCCCGGCGCAGCUCCUCCUCCUCCUCCUCCUCUUCCUCCUCCGGCUCCUCUUCCUGCCACCCCCACAAAGCCAAGGCCCCUGCCAGCCGCCACGAGCCCCCCUUGUAGCACAGGCCCCCGGAGGGGCUGUGCACAAGGAAGGAAGGAAGGAAGGAAGUGGGUAUUUAUUGUCUAUGUUGCUGUUGCGGGCGGGGGGAGCAUCUUCCCUGCCCCACGUCCACCCCCAUCUGAUGUGACAUCUUCAUCCCGGGUUGUGGCUGAAGCGGCAAAGGUCUGUUGGGAGGGGACGCUGCGGCCCUGCAGGACCCGAGGGGGCAGCCCUGCUUGCCAUGGGGAGGGCGGGGAGGCAGCUCUCCUGCUUCUUCAGAGCCAGAUCAAGAUCCACUUUGGGGCUGCUGCCCCCACCGCCCCAGGGCAAGGAUCUGCCUGUCUGGGUUGGGGCGACCCAUCUGCCUCCCUGUCCCCCCAAGAGCAAGCGGGCUGGUCCUUUCUCCGAGCCCUGGGACUGGAGUUGGAGCGGGGGCUACAGGGGAGCUCCUAAGGUUGCCCAGCCAAAGACAGGCUAGGUUAGGGGGUUUGUUCCCCCGCUUCAUUUUAAUGUCACUUUGAUCAGGAGGGGGCAGGGGGAGGAUAAGAGUCUGCCCCCUCCACUCUGAGCCCAAAGCCACAUCUGUGGGAGGGGGCUGGACAUUCCCUCCUGUGGCGUCCCACUGGGGUGCCCCCCCUCCCCCCUCCCUUCUCUUACUGGCUCUGGCCCUUGCAUCUUCAAUGCAAACACAGGAACGCAACAGGCAGCCCUUUCCCCAGCAUGGAGAGUGUUGGGAAAGCUUUGUUCUACACUGCACAGGCUGUGCCAUAAAGCACAGGAGCAGAGCCGGGUUGAAAGCAAAAAGGUGGCCACCCGAGAUCCCCUCCAGAGAGGGGUGGGAGGGAGUAAGGGCUGCAAAUCACAGGGAGCCGGCUGUGUGUGUGUGUGUGCGCUACUCCCCACCCACCCCUGCUUCUUGGAUAGAGGGCGUGCUGCUCUGCGGUCUGGGUCAGGGGACAGGAGGGUUAGCAAACCAAAUAGGAACCUCUGCAGGAAAGAGAGGGGUGCCCCCCAAUCCUUGGUGGACGAGGGGCAAAGGGGCUUCCCUGUCUGCCCCAUGACCUCAGCAGGAUCUGUCUUAAGUUCUGGCACUUCAGGAAAAAAUAAUGGGUUGAGGGGAUGGGGAGGUGGAGGGAAAGAGUCUAUUUUUUGAGAGAGAGAAAUGUCUCUAUGUUUUUUAAAAAAAGAAAAAGAAAUACUGAAGGCAAACAUGGGUUUCUGCAGUGGCACACUUGAAUUCAGCCUCCGGGGGAGCAGGGGGGGCAGUUCCCUCCAUACCCCACAUUUAGAGUCUCACAACCAGCCCCUCUUGGCUAGAAGUUGGCAUGAGGACAGUGGGAAGGGCCUCGCCACUCUCUGUAAUUAGGUAGCAAUCUCUUUUUUAAGGACUUUUCACUGGAAACUAGAUUUUUACCUAAAACCAGUACCGCUCACAUUUAAAACAACAACAAUUUGAGGAUUUGGAGUUUCUCAAAAGUUUCUGACUUCUGCUCAACUCUAAUUUAAGCGACAGGAUUCCAGGUCCGUUAACUUGGAUUUGAUCACUGCAGCCCCCUACCAUUUAUUUUGGCCUUCGUAAUGUGAACUCUGCAUGGAAAUUCCAUUUCCAGGACAGUCCUUUUUCUCAAGUGAGGGAGAUCCAGACCUUUGGCUACGAGCCAAAUGGAUGCUCCUCAUCCUGUGGCUCCUAUCCCAGGGUGAGCAUUUGUUCGCAGCAUCAUUGUAGGAAGGAGGAAGCAGGUUGUGUUUACAUGCUGGGACUGUUCAAACGGGAUACAUUUCCGCUCUGCAAAACACAGCCUGACGAUGCUAAUUACUUGCUGGUCCACUUGAAGCUAAUUAAAUGGAACCAAAGACAUUUGUUAAUGCGAAAUUGUGGGGGAGAGAAGAGGUCUAGUAUUUAACCUUCCCAGCUGCCUGCACUACAGGGUGUUGUUAGUCUAUGUUGGGCUACGGAGGACUAACCCCGACUUAAAUGAAGGAGGUAGUAUGCUAGUCUAGUGUGUCUCUGUGUGCGUGCAUUUAUAUUCUGGAUUAAAUCGUCUGGAAUAAAGAUAAGGAACAUGCUAAGACUCUAGAAAAGGGCCUUAGAGAAGAGAGGGAGAAGGAAGCCAGUCACUUUAAAGGGAAGUGCAAUUCCAGACUUGGAAAAUUGGAACGGGCCUGGGGGGAAAGAGGGACUUGGAGAGUACCCACUCACACCAGAUCAGAUUUCUGGUGCAAACUUCCUCCUAGUGGCUUGUUCUCAAUCACCAGCCUCUCCCACCCUGAGCAAAGCCAUUCUCUCACACCCUGUCCAGCUGAUCUAACUUGGCCACUGCAAUACAGAGGUCUGCAUUUUAAGGAAAGGUCUUUAAGUCAGUCUCUGUUUCUUUUCCAUUUCCCCUCCCGCCUUUAACUGGAGGAGAAUUGCCUCCCCGUUGCCCUCGGAAGGAUGUGACAAGGUGCAAUCUCUUUCUCCAAGGAUCUCUUCCCAGGGCUGCUGAGAGAGAGAGAGAGAGAGAGAGAGAGAGAGAGAGAGAGAGAGAGAGAGAGAGAGCACGAGCGCAGGGUGGGGUGGGGGGCAGAGAUCCUGAGUGUGCGCUUGAGAAGCCAGUUUUAGCAAGGUGUGUGGAAGGCCAGGAGAAGUGCCAAAGCAGCUUCUUGGCCCCAAGGGCUGCCUCCUGCCCUGGAAGCCCUGGCCGGGCGUGGGCUCAUGCGAAGCCAGCCUUUGCUCCCCCCUGCAGCCCGCAGGGAAGUGGGCUGGUGCUCCCUCCCAGAGGAACGAGGGCUGCCCAUGUCAGCCAGCACCCUGCCAGUUCCAAGGGGGCCCCUUUUGAGCCCAGGCAUUCUGGCAGCUGUCAGGAGCUCUCCAGAACUCUCAGCCCCCUCCCCAAAAGCUUGGCUUCCCCCUUCUAGGGAGGCCACCGCAGUCCCUCCCGUUUCAAACUGGCCUGAAUUGCUAGCAGAGCCAGCGGCUCCCCGCUCACUUGGGUUUUUGCACUUGGCAGCUGUUUUUCUGGGGGAGCGGGGGGGGCUCCCCUUCCUGAGGGCAACGGGGUAUAUCUGUGUGCGUGCGCGGGUAUCUAUGUGUGUGUAUGUCUUAACUGCCAUGUCCCCCCUCCCCGCUCCAGGCUGUGGGGACAGUGGGGCGGUGGGGGGAGUGUAUUCAAGUCCUCCUCUAAGCAGCACAAAAGGCCAAGAACUCGCCUUUGUUGGGCACCUCGUCCAUGCAACCAAACCAUCUGUAUUUUUUAUUUGAGAAUAAAAAACUGCCUCUCAA